AUGGCGGAGCUGGCACUGGCUAUUAUUCCCCUGGGUGUAACAGUUACAUCUGGUCUCGUAAAGUAUCUUAAAACCUUUAAUGAUCACGAUGACGAUCGCGCUCGACUUGUGCGUCAGGCUGAACGCUUCGAAACCACCUCAAACCCAGAGCUUUCUAUCUCAGCAUCAGAGGCUUCUGCUUGUCUCAGAGAAUGCCAAAAGGCAUUGGAAGAACUGGACAACCUUCAACAGAAAACCUUCGCCACCAUUACCAGCACCGUAGCGACGACUCCCCAUGCGCGUACAAAAGGCAAGAUCAAGGAUGGAUAUAAGAAGCUCUUAUAUCCGCUACGAAAGUCCGACAUCGAAGCUCUAGAAGGAGCUUUGGAAAAGCUUUCGACAACGCUCAGUCUAGCUCUAGGAAUACUUCAUCUGAAGAUUUUGAAUGAACAAAUGGUCGAGAUUCAGAAAAACACAAUCGUCAACUCCAAUACAUCGACCGCUAUCAAAGAGCUACACCAACCUAUCUCGCGGAUCGAUUUGGCCGCCCCCGUUCUCCAGACUUCCGUUGAUGCUAUUGUUCCCCAUUUCGACCAGAGGUUUGACCAGAUAUCUUACCAGAUUUCUUACCAACAUGUCCAAAUGCAAGCUCAAAUCAAGUCACUUCUCGAUAUGGCCGGACUUGCAAGAUAUCAGGAUCACCUCGGAACAAACCAGCAGCCUUCAUACAAUCACUCUGGAGAACAAGGCAACUAUAUUGCGGCCCGUGAGACUGAACAGGAACUGCCAUUUUUAGUUAUGGGCCUUCCUCUUGACGCAAUCAAGCUCAAGAAUAUUAAUGAGACAAGAUCGAGAGUAAUUCUGAACGCGACGCAGCGAAAGCUCCAUGAGUUGUUUUGCUCGGAAAGGGCAAGUCCUAACGACGUAACCCAAGAUAGUUCUACCCUCCUUCACUUGCUAGGUUUCACAGCAUAUCACUGGUUAACAACUUUGCAAGGAGCAAAUUCCCCAUUCGUGCGUUUGACGUGUGAAGCUCUGGUCAAUUUUCUUGUUGCCGCAGGUACAUCUGUCACAGUUCGCGACAGAUAUGGAGUUUUAGCAUUGCACACAGUAAUCGAUGGGACCUUUGUUCCCGCCUCCAUCUAUGGCCAGCUGAAUGCUGAGAACGACGUAGAAGAAAGGAGCACUCUAUACUUUUCACCUCAGUUUGAUAGGCGUGCGCUUCUCGAUUAUUACGAUCAUAACCAGAGUGUGGCAAGUAUUCAAUAUGGUCCUUUAAGCUUAGCAGUCAUUCGGAACAAUCUACAAGAAGUGGAGCGACUCCUCUCCCUAUAUGCUCAUAUGCUCAAAGAGCUGCGAAGUCGCCGUAGGCAGCUGCGAGAUUUGGUCCGAAACAAGCUUUCAAUCACAGAGUUCAGCAAAUUUACACCUCUGGAGGAAGUACCCGACAUUGACGCCAUCGCGAUGGAUAGGCUACUUCGCCAAAAAGGGAUCCUUGGUCUGGGACCCCUCUCGACUUUCGUGGAUGAAGACCUGCCUCAACAUCCUUGUCGGGAUGUUGUUUACUAUUCUAAAUCAAUAUUCUUCGACCUGAGGAAGCCAGAAGAUGCAGAUAUCUUCGUUGACUCCGGCUUCAAGAUGGUCUGUGCUGAUCAAGAUCAUGACUCUUCAUUAGACAGAGCCCUUUUUAACAGACCCGAUCCAUUGAUAGGUUCCAUUUCACUCAACUACGCAAUAUGGCUAUUUGAUCAUCAAGCCCCUCUAUGGAAAUGGAGCUAUAGGUUCACUAGUCCGAUGCCUUCUAUUUUCGUUCUUGCGGAUAUUCUCAGUAUGCAAGACUACGAAUGUCCUUGCCAAGACAACACAAAAGACAGGGUAGAGAUUUAUCUUUCCGAAUCAGUUUUGGUCGACGACUGCUCUUGCCUGUGUUCGCCAGACGGCUGUACUCCCUUCACCUCGAGAAUGAGGUGGCUGGCACACCCCUAUGAGCAGGCUCAAGACCUCAAUCCUCGAGAUUAUGCCACGCGUUUCGGCUCUUAUGUGGAAAUAUAUGGCAAACGCUUGAACCUGAGCCAUCACGUCAUAAUGGUGCGGCAAGCAACAUUUGCUGCGCUGGAUCUAAAGCAUACGUGUUUGGAGAGGCCAGGAUAUCGUUGGCCCAGUCGAUUCCAUUGGAUGUACUUAACGGACCCAGUGUCAGAACUGGACCCGGAUGAGAAGGAGUUCGAGAUUCUCAAUGUAGAUGCGGAGGCAAUCAAUCAGCUGGAGGAUAUGGUCGUCAUUGACAGUUUUGAUAUCGAUUAUUCAGCUUUCAAUGAGCCGAGUACCCUUGGUAUAGACAACCUUUACUACCAGCGAGCUUUGGAAUUCUGGAAGCAUAUAUGGGCAAAUAGGAUGCAGAUUGCCCUGGAUACUGUGGCCAAAGGAUGGGAUAAUAACCUUGCUGGACUGAAUGAUCUUGUGCAUAUUUCAACUUGCGAGGAGGUAGUACAAGAAACAAGAGACAGCCUUGAUGAAGGCGAUGAUGAGAUUUUGAAUAGGAUUAUACAACGGAUUCAGGAUAUCUGA